ACCAUCCACCGCACGAACACCAAUGUUGCUGCUGUUGCUGGUGCUGCUGCUGCUGAUGAUCUUAUUGAUGCUGCUGCUGGUGAUGCUGAUGCAAAUGAUGGUGGUGGUGGUGGUGUGUUCCAGCCUCAUGUUGGCUACCCCUACGCCACCUGCGCAGGUUAUCGAUCGGCUAGUCGAAUGAGCUAUGGGCCGCGUUCUGCCAGCGCCAUGGGAGUUCCCACGAACGGGUGUAUCGGCGGUGGGGGUAUGGUGAACGCUUCCCCUCGCGCUUUCAUUCACGACCCCCACAACAACGGUGACAGCUGCUCUUGCUAUGUGGAAGAACAACAGCAGGCACCUCAAUCUCCAUCCGCUGCCUAUGGUGAUUACGUCGACACUGGGGGCUCCUAUGGGGUUCAACGAAGUCCUCUUGUAGGCUAUCGUAUUUCCCAUCUCUCUCCCGCUCCUCAACGCUACACCCCCGGGGCUGGUGAGACCACAAUCUCGGCGUCCAUCAGUUCUCUGCCCCGUUCCAGAGCUCCUAGUCGUUCCACAGUCACCUUCCAGUCACCCAGCAUUCAACAACAGCAGCAACAACAACCAAUCAAGUUGGAUCUGCGCGGACCUGUUGAGGUGGAUGCUGGUGAGGCUGUGAUCUCCAAUCUUCCUCCUCGACCUACUCCACGCCAUACUAAUAGUUUGGAUGAUAACGACGUGGGUGGUUGA